AUGGCGCUCUUCAAGCAGUACGACGACUUCUUGCUCAACAACGCUUCCCAGAUCACCGCCGUCGAGAGCUCGCUCCGUUCCAUCACCUACUUCCUUCCCGGUCGCUUCAAAGAUGCCGAGCUCGCCGGAGAAGCAAUCUACGCCUCGCUCAAUCUGCUGGGACUCUACCACGACUCCAUCCUUGCGCGCGCACUCGAAAAGCAGAAUCCACUCGCCGUCUCCAGCAAGCAAGCAUUCACCUCGGAAAAGAACUCCCUUCCGUCCAGCCCCGCUCCGCUCGACGCAAAUGCGCUCACCGGCCUGACACCCUCCGAACAUGCCAGAUACACCCACCACUUUUCGCGCAGAUCCAAAGGCUAUAAUCGCGUAGCGAGGACGUUGGUCGUCGUGGGCUACUUUGAGUUGCUUGCAGAGAUGCUCGCUCGAAGGAAGCUUGGACGCAGAAAAGCCUGGGACGUCGUCGCUGCUAUCGAAGCACUCAAGGUGGUGCUUCGCUUGAGCUUGGUCCAGAUGACCGGAUCAAGGAUGGCCAUCCAUCCUCCUAUCCCCGAACGCGAGGUGGAUCCAGCUGCGCUUGAGCAGGAACGGGCAAAGACUAUGGGCAAGCUGGCUGACAAACUCGACGUCGCUGCAGCCUCUUCGAGCUCCGCCCUCUCUACCUCGGUUGCUCAGCCACCCAAGGGCUACUGGAAGGGGUCCCGUACCGGUCUCUUACGUCCAACGCUUGCUUCUCUUCGACCUGGAUUCGAUGAUGUAGAGGCGGACCCACUCGCGCCCACCUCGGAGCCGGAUCGUCGACCACCGCACCUGCGAGCUUUGCGCAUCAACGCCGGCCAGUCCGGUUCCGACACUGACGACACGCUGGUUGACUCGACCCGACUCCAAGCCUCCACCACGCUUCCACGCGCACCGGCCAACGACGAUGCACUCUCACAGUCUUCCACUACGCUCCGAAAAGAUCCACCAACACCACCUGUCAACAUGAAGCCUUGGUCCGAGUCGCAGAUCAACGACUACCUCCUCUCUCGCGUGCUCACAGUCAACGACGUUCGCAAACCCGAAGAGCUCGUACGUCCUCUUCGCAAUCGUACCGGUCAUCUGGCAGAGGUUCUCUGGAUCCUUCGACCUUUCAUCUACGUCCUAGCCCUGCGAAAGUGGGGACGAACGGCGACGCUACCCUUUGUGCUUUCGUUCGCUCUCGAGUACUUUGCCAAGGAGCUGCGCAACCGAUCCUUUGCUCCUUCCACACCCGGACCCAAGGGACUCUUCGCCACCAACCCGCUUCUUGCGGCUAUGAUGGGCCAGAACCCGCUCACCUCGAUCCUCGCCUCUGUAUUCAUGGGCGGUAAUCCAGCCGACAAGGCCAAAAGACCCAUCUCAGCGGUGGAAGAAGCUGAAUGGUCCAAGAGGGGCAACUCGUUCUGGUGGUACCUGCUGCGCGGACCCCUGUGGUACUCUUUCACGCGUCCCAAACUGUCAGGCAUGGUGGAUCGUACUCAGGGCAAGUUCCUCAUUGGCAUGGUCGGUGGUGUUCUGAGCGAUUACCUUCCGCUCAUCGACGAGUACCACUACUACUCUGCGACAUGA